UUAUACCCUUGCAUUAAAGACUAGAAGCAUUACGACAUCCCUCUGUAUACUUACCUAGUAGGUAGGCGUAUAUCCACAUCCUACCAAGAAAGUAGAAAGGUGGAGGAGAGUCGGCAACGAGCUUAGGUAGAAUACGAAUUCGGAACAUUGGUAUUCAUGCUUUCCGGAUACGGAAGUUGACGUGAGACAUUACUAGGUUAGGAAUUGCGAGGAUGUGGUUUCUUUGUUAUAAUAUAAUUAUCCCUUGUUUAGAGAUCGUUUGGAGGUCUUUAUAUUCACCCACUCAUUAGGGAAAGAAAGUAGAUAGAAAAUUAGAGAAAGCUGAAUAGCAUUGUAUUGCCGUUGUUAACUUGACAUAGUAUCCAAAAUAUGACUAGUCGUCAAGGAAAAAGCUUCGUGGAGAAAUCUCGGUUCGAUCGUCGAGCUGAACUAGUUCGGGUGGCUCGAGAUCGGCAUGCAGAUAUAGGUUUCAUACUGGGGUUAUCAUGGCGUGCGAAAGGGAAACUAGCCCAUCUCGACUAUGCUGGCGGGUUAGAUACGAACAAGAUACGAUCUAGAUUGGCUAGGCUAGCGAAGUUUGCGUUAUGGGAGGACAGGGCAGACGACGCAGGGUUUCCUCGAGAUGAGAAAAGAGACUUGCCCUCGCUCAAAGAUGCGCUUCUCGACUCUGCACCAGUAGACGUGCAUCACGAGACUGUCGACAGGCAGGAGAGGAUAUAUCAAAGGAGGCUUCGAGGCUUCGCUGGUAUAAUCUCGCAGAUCGAUACAGAGGCCCUCGCCUCCUUCGCACUCGGCAUCAUGCAGACCCGCCGCAACCUCACCAGUGACCCUGACCAAGAUCAAUCCCCACUACGACUCCCUCGUAUCAGGGGUCCAUCAUUGGGCUCGGCGCACGUAUUCUACUCGAUCGCGUUCUACGACGCGCAGACCCAUGAGAGCACCAAGUGGAUCAUCAAGAUACCUGCCAAUGGCACACCCGAUACGUGGGACAAACUAUCUUCCAAAAUGCUGCGUACCGAGGCCCUGGUGUUGUAUAUGCUGCGCACGGAAACUAGCGUGCCUGUCCCCGAGAUCAUCGAUGCAGAUAGCUCCCCCCACAACGAACUGCACGUCCCCUAUCUAAUCAUGGAAUACGUGGAAGGCCAACCCCUGGAUCGCGUCUGGUUUGGGGAGGGCGGAGAGGACGAGAACAGGGUCCGGGAGAGGAAGAUCAAGAUCUUGCGGAAUCUAGCACGUGCGAUGCUGCAGUUAGGGAAGUACGAGUUUGAUCGCGGAGGGGCGCCGGUCUUUGACGAUGACGGUGCCAUUGUGGGGGCGGGACCUCUAAGGGAGCUCGACGUGCAGGCUAUGGUCGAGCGCUGGUUUGACAACGAAAACUGCGAGGGGGUGCCCCUAUAUGCCGAGAUUGGCACCUUCGGUGAUCCUGCGGAGAUGUACACGGCGAUGAUAGAUCGGUAUCAGGGUAAUACCGAAGCAAACGCCGGUGUAGACCGGCUACUUCAUCUACUCGUUGGGUUGAUCCAGGAGAAAAGGGAGAAAAAGAAGUUCGUGCUUACGCACUCCGAUCUCAGCAUGCGACACAUCCUCGUCUCAAAGCAAGGACAAAUCAAGGCGAUCUUAGGCUGGGAUGCUGCGCGCAUAUCGCCCAAAUCCAUGGGAAAUGAGUCGUAUCCACGUUGGCUGGUCAGAGAUUUCAACCCUUUCAUCUGGCGCUGGCUGCCAGCACCGGAAUUCUGGAGGAGCUCCUACGAGGAGCCCCAAGCGAACCGCGUCGAGGAUGCGCCCUGGGUGUUGAGGGAACUAAGAGACGAGUACGCAAAAAUACUUAUGGAGUUGAAGGAGCAACAGGGGAUAGACGCAGACAGGAACACAGCAGAUGUGAAACUGACGAAGCAGUCUUUGUUUGCACUCAGCUUGGAUGUGGCGGCCAGAGAUCCGAGGUGCAGAGCUGCGAUCCUAAGAAAGAUCUUGGACAAAUGCUCACGCGCAUCCGAAGAAUUCGAAUUCACAUGGAUCGUGGAGGCCCUCGGAAACGGCAGAGAGCUAGGCGAGUACAAGCGAAAAUGUUUGGAGAAGAAUAUUGAAGAGCUUGUCAAUCGUGGAUAUGUCAGGGGCGCCAUUGUUCGGUAGUUCACUUGCUAGACCUAGAGAAAGCCACCUUCGUAGGUGCUGUGAUAUCCUUGUUCUCGGUUUUUAAGGCUGAGGGAUAGACGAUACUAGCUAUAGCCACCGAGCAUGACUACGUGACGGCAUCGUUCCGAUUCGAGACGUUUACGUUCUUCAUGAUUAGGGGGUACCUACCUAGGUAUGUAUAUAC